AUGUUAGUGGCCUUCCGGAGAUUGACGAAUUGUGUUGGAUGUUCCUACCCUUCAUCAUCUAGAACAUUUUGCAGUGCAGUUUUCAAUAACACCCUACGCACUGGCCUGAAGCAAAAUAUCCAGCGGCGUAAGUUGUCAUCCGUGGAAACACAACGCGCGUCCAAGAAAAUACGACAAGCCACAUGGAAAGAAUUGAAAGAAAUUUUUUCUUUGGCGGCACCGUUCAAGGGGAGGAUAAUACUGGGCCUAUCGUUUCUCGGGAUUUCCAGCACUGUUUUUCUAUUAACACCGCGCAUACUUGGCAAGCUUAUCGAUGAACACGAUGUCACGAAGAGGGGCAAAAUGGAAGAAGAUGCCACCUUGAGAUUUGCAAGGUAUUUCAAGGAAAAUCCGUUGGCGCUCGUGGCUGCAUUGGCGUUGGGUGCCGGUGCAAUACUCGCAAGAGUGUAUUGUAUGCACACAGCUGGCCAACUUAUCAUUAACAAUCUCAGAAAAGCGGUUUUCGGCUCUCUGCUCAAACAAGACAUGGCGUUUUUCGAUAGAAAUAAGGUUGGCGAGAUGGUAUCUCGUCUCUCAACUGAUGCUCUUAUUGUCGGUUAUUCAGUGUCGAUGAAUUUGAGUGAUGGUGCUCGCGCCCUAUUGACUUGCCUCGGUUCUGGAUCUUUGAUGGUCUAUACUUCACCUGCCUUAUGCAAGAUGAUGGUGAUCGUUAUACCGAUCGUCGUCGGAAUUUUCGCGGUUUUCGGUCGAUUACAACGCAAGUACACCCUCCAAAUGCAAGAUGCGGUCGCUGGUGCCAACCAAGUCGCGACUGAAAGAUUGGGUGCGGUGAGGACUGUUAGGAUGCUCGUCGCCGAAAACAAGGAGGAACGUGCUUAUGGAGCAAAGAUGCAGGACAUCUGGAAUAUCAGCAAGCGAGAAGGCCUUGCCAAGGGAAGCAUGUAUGGAACUUUUCAAUUCACUGGAUAUAUGGGGAUGUCCGCCGUGCUUUUCUAUGGCAGUGAUCUUUCAUCUUUUUGCUUGUACGCGGUUCUUUGUGCUGCAUCUAUGUCGAAUUUGAGCGGAUUUUUUACCGAAAUAAUGAAGGGGCUCGGCGCAUCUUCACGGCUCUUCGAGUUGAAAAAUGCUCAACCCGCUAUCCCUCUGCACGGGGGUGUUUUGAAGAACGGCGUCCAGCACGGAAUUCGAUUUGAGGACGUUUCUUUUGGCUAUCCAGCUCGUGAUGAACUAUUCCACGGACUUUCUUUUAUGAUCCCCGCGGGAAAGGUCACGGCCAUCGUCGGUCCUUCCGGAAGCGGGAAGAGUACAAUCGCAAAUUUGGUGUUGAGGCUGUACGACCCCUCAGUUGGUCGAAUUCUGGUUGAUGACGUAGAUCUCAAGGAUCUGGAUCCGUCACACUGGCGCCGUCAAAUAGGCACUGUUGGACAAGAGCCGGUACUGUUUUCUACAACGAUUCGGGAAAACAUCGCUUACGGUGCCGAAGAGCCGGACAAAGUUGCUGACGAACAGAUUCACAAGGCCGCGGUUGCUUCCAAUGCCAUGAAUUUCAUUUCGGAGUUUCCACAGAAGUUCGAAACUGUCCUCGGUGAAGGAGGUGGAAUGCUGAGCGGUGGCCAGAAACAACGUAUUGCGAUAGCUAGGGCUCUUUUGAAUCAUCCAAAAGUAAUGCUUCUCGAUGAGGCAACUUCGGCACUCGACGCGGGGAGUGAGCUACUCGUUCGGACGUCUUUACAGAAGCUGAUUCAGGAAAAAAAUAGAACCAUGUUGGUCAUCGCGCAUAGGCUUUCAACCAUCCGUAAAGCGGACCAAAUCGUCGUCAUUGAAAAAGGAAGUGUGGCUGAAAGUGGUACUUACGAAGAACUGAUGAAGAUCGAGAACGGCUUCUUCAAAAAACUCGUUGAGAAGCAACAUAUUGGACUUACGGAAGAAAGCUUC